CUUGAUUUGUUUGCAUUAAUUCGCAAUUGUUUCAUUUCUCCUGUACUGUACAGAUCGUUAUCAAAGACCACUAAUGGACUGCAUUUUGUGACUAGCUGCAUCAUGGUCACAUGACCUGAUGGCUUAUCGAUAAGGGAGCAGGUGAUCAGCUUCACCUAAGCUUAAAAGUCAAGGCCGAGACCUUUAGGAGCUCCUAUUGCAAUCCACCCGGCACGACCUCCCCGGCCUCCUCUAUCACCCUUUAACCAUGUAGCGCGGUCCUACCAGAAAUGUCUCUCCCAAAACAUACCACGUCAACUUCUUUAUCAUCCUCGCCCUCCAAACAAUCAAUUCGACGGACCACAGAGUCGAACACCUCGUCACGCCCGGCAAGCGCCAUUGAUCGGCCCACCACAGCCCAAUACAUCCAUACCUUUCCUCAGGAGCAGCAAAUACAUGAUCCAACAGAGGACUUGACAUUCCCACACCCGGAAAAUGAAAGGCCCAAUGAGAUAUCGACUUCGCACCCACCAUUCCAGCCGUUCUUCACCCUGAUUGAGGACGCCAAUACCUCCGAAUACUAUCAUCCGACAGUCCACUAUAUUUUCUCUGAUGAUGACACAGAUAUUGUGACGGAGGCAGCCUUGCGUGCCCUAGAAUCCGAGCAAGACCACCCGCGUGGUGAAAAAGAGAACCUCAGAUCGACACAUGACCAGCAUCCGGGUGAAGAAGAAGAGGACCUAGACGAGGAGCUAUCGAAUCUAAGGAAAGGGUCAUUGCUUCCGUCUCCAAUACCUGGUGUGCGAGAUAAUUACAUCGUUCUUGACAUGGACGUGCAUUCUUCGGACGAUACGCAGAACAUGAAUACAGCUCCGGCCAGUGUUGGCUCUCCAGGAACUCAAUCAGCAGUACCCCAACAACAAUUGGACUCUCAAAAUCACAACCAACUUGGCCAAAAGUUCACAGUUACCUCUGCCUAUAGCCUAACGCCAGCAUGGCAAGUCCUGAAGACUCAGCUAGUACCGGCCCCAACAUUUGAGAACAACUCCUCCGCUGAACAGUCCCCGAACGGCGGCCUUAUGUUGAAGAUCCAGGGUACAGUCGGUUUACCUAUGGCCCUGCCCAGUAAGGACAGAGAUAAAGAUAACAGCACCCAGCGAUUAGAAGAUAUGAUGGAGCAGUUCUCGAAACGUCUAGGUGAGCUCAGACAAGUUAUUGAAGUUGGAGAACAAGCCAAUCUCCUGGAAACUGCGGAUGAGGCCCACCCGCCUACCAAUUUGCCAACCGCAGAGAACAUUGCUGAGGCAGGCCAUGAGGGACGAGAUGGAGCUCCACCACGGAAUGACGAUAACAUAGCCGCCAAAAGCUAUUGAUCGAAGAAUCUCCCUUCAAAGGUGCUAUGCGGCUGAGCUGAAUGUGUCCAUUCUAACCUGCUUUCCUCCAGUACCAAGUCCAUAGUCGAGAA